AAAGGAAAGGAGAAGGGGAGGGAAAAAAAGCGCGUUUCGGCUGCUUGGAACCAAAGCGCGUUUCGGCUGCUUGGGCGAGCGUGGAGCUAUGGUUGCAGAUCUGAAUUCUUCUGAACUCCUUGCAGCGAUUGGACAGUUGGGACUCUAAACCUUACGGAGAGUUAUCAUCCCCUUUCUGGGGUGGUCCCCCUUUUUCUCUCCACUUCCCCUUCCCCUUGUAAAACUUCCAUGGACUGGGGAAUUAACAUGGAGCCAAGGGAAAAUUCGAGCACUGUUCGGCAAAGGGGUGGAGAGACGGACUUCUUGACGUCUGCUGUUGCUUCUUCGAAAGCCCCUCCUGCCCCCGGCUGUUCUGGAGAGGCCAUGCUGCCGACGUCAGGCUCUACGAAAGGCAUGCCCGUGGGUAGCAGUCGUAUGGACGCCGAGGAAGAGGACGAGCUGUGUUCUGGGAGAGACGUGGAUUCCACUUCCAACGCGGACAGUGAGAAAUGGGUGGCUGGAGACGGCCUGGAAGACCAGGAGUUUUCCAUCAAGGAGGCUAACUUCACCGAAGGGAGUCUUAAGUUGAAAAUCCAGACUACCAAGAGAGCCAAGAAGCCCCCCAAGAACCUGGAGAACUAUAUAUGCCCACCCGAGAUCAAAAUCACCAUUAAGCAAUCCGGGGAGCAAAAAGUUUCCAGAGCUGGGAAAAAUAGCAAAGCGGCGAAAGAAGAGGACAGAGCUCACUCCAAAAAGAAGGUUUAUGACCGGCUGCAAAAGCAUGUUGCUGCGCACUAUGAUCCAGAGCACCAGCAGGACUUCACCAGUGACACCUUAAAAUCAAGGCACCAGCAAAAAAGCAACAACCAGCAUCAUCUCGACUGGUCGGCGAGCGCCGAAUCUGGUUCGGCUUCCCAAGCCUGCUUCAUUGACCCCGAGUCGAAUCGAGAAGCCAGCGGCUCAGCCAAGACCCCUGCCUCGGAGAUCACUGUGUCUUUCAGCAAAUCCCACUCAAAGAAAUCUAUCGCCAGCAACACAUGGGGUCAGUUGGCCGUCGGUAAUAACAAAGACCAUACUGUGUGCAGCGCAGUCCCAGGAUCCGGUGCCCUUGGUGUAACUUCCCAGGCUGCUAAUCCAUCGGAUUGCAAUGGUUUUUUGCCACUGUUGAGUCAAGAGGGAGGGGGCCAAAUGGAAGCUUCUGAUCCACCCACUGGCAGCACAAAGAAAAAGUCCAGUAAAAAAGAUUUAAUCAACCAAACCGUCCAACACAAUGACAUAGAAUGGGUGAAGAAUACUCAGAAGUCCUUUGAGGCCAAAACUCAUGACAGUGUGGAGGGGAAAAAGGAAUCCGGUGCAAUCAAACCGUCACCUGCUGCUAGGCAAAGCCCGCAUUCCGCCAACAGUUCCGAAAGCGACGCUAGUCGCGUGCGAAUUACUAUACCAAUCAAGACUCCGACGGUGGAGCUGCCUAGCCACAAAAGGAAGAAACGGCAGUCCCCCAAAACUGCUGUUGACAAGAAUGUCCCAGAGAAAACCCCACCUUCCGGACACCCUGUGAGCAAUGAUGUAGCCAGCAGGACUAACUCACAAACAGAGGUAUGCAAGAAAGAUCCUCGAGUCACAAAACAAGGAAAAGCUCCAGAAAACGAGCCUCCAUUAGUGCCAGUAGAAAAUAUUGAGGCGGCUCAUAAAUCACCGGCAUCCAAUGCCACCAGGCUCCGAAAGUCCACGAGUGUGACUCCUGCUUCGCUGACCAUUGAUACUCCCACACCUAGCAAACAGCCAGAGGUUCAGCAUCCAAAGUUUGCCGCCAAACGAAGAUGGACUUGCAGCAAACCUAAAAAUAUGCUCCGGGAACCUCCACUAGGCCCCUCUGAGAAACUGAUGGUAGAACCUCCAUCGGCAUAUCCCAUAACUCCGUCUAGUCCUCUGUAUACCAAUACAGACAGUCUUACUGUGAUUACUCCCAUCAAGAAGAAGAGGGGGCGACCAAAGAAGCAGCCUUUACUCACUGUUGAAACCAUCCACGAAGGAACAUCCACCAGCCCAGUCAGUCCAAUCAACCGAGAAUUCCCUGGUACAAAAAAAAGGAAGAGGAGACGAAACUUGGCAAAGUUGGCCCAGAUGGCUCCAGGAGAGGAUAAAUCUAUCAGCGAGCUGAAAUUUCACAAAAAGGUCGGCCGGCUCGGUGUGUUGGAUAAGAAGACUAUUAAGACCAUCAACAAAAUGAAGACUCUCAAGAGGAAGAAUCUUUUGAGCCAGAUUUUAUCCUGCUCGAGCAACAUAGCUUUGAAAAUGAAAACUCCGCCACCAGCUAGUACGGGGACUCCAACCAUUGAUGCCCGACUAGGGAAGCAAAUAAAUGUGAGCAAGAGGGGGACGAUCUACAUUGGCAAGAAAAGGGGAAGAAAGCCACGGUCUGAGUUGCAGCCCCCACUGGAAGAACCGAAGACAGCCAUCAAACAUUUGAGGCCUGUUUCCAGCCAGCCAGAAAACCCAGCAGUGCCUUCUCACUUGCAUUCACUUGUGGCGCCAUCACCAGCAGCUGUUCAUCCGCUUUCGACGCAGUUAGUGGGGUCUAACGGCAACCUUAGCCCUGCCAGCACUGAAACGAAUUUUUCAGAAUUAAAAACUAUGCCAAAUCUACAGCCCAUCAGCGCUCUUCCCACAAAAACCCAGAAAGGGAUACAUAGCGGGACCUGGAAGUUGUCCCCACCCAGGCUAAUGGCAAAUUCUCCUUCCCACCUUUGUGAUAUAGGUUCCCUAAAGGAAGUCACACUCUCCCCUGUGAGCGAAUCCCACAGCGAGGAAACCAUACCAAGCGAUAGUGGGAUUGGAACUGACAACAACAGUACUUCUGACCAAGCGGAGAAGACCUCAGAAUCUCGCAGAAGAUACUCAUUCGAUUUCUGUAGCCUGGACAAUCCAGAGGCGAUUCAGUCGGACACCAGCACUAAGAACAGACACAGCCACCGGCAGAAGCAUCUCAUUGUCGAUAACUUUCUCUCUCAUGAGACCAUGAAAAAACCAAAGCACAAGAGGAAGAGGAAGAACCUGCAGAACAGAGAUGACCUCCAGUUCCUCGCGGACCUGGAAGAGGUCAUCAGCAAGUUCCAAGUGUUCAGGAUUUCCCACAGGAGCUACACGUUUUAUCACGAAAAUCCAUAUCCCAGCAUUUUCAGGAUCAACUUUGAUCAUUAUUACCCUGUGCCAUAUAUCCAGUAUGACCCAUUGCUGUAUCUUCGCAGGACCUCCGACCUGAAGUCUAAGAAGAAGCGUGGUAGACCUGCCAAAACCAAUGACACCAUGACAAAGGUGCCUUUUUUACAAGGGUUUGGUUACCCUAUUCCCAGUGGGAGUUACUAUGCACCCUAUGGAAUGCCUUACACAUCAAUGCCUAUGAUGAAUCUUGGUUACUACGGUCAGUACCCAGCUCCUUUGUACCUGUCCCACACACUCGGAGCAGCUUCUCCAUUUAUGAGGCCUACUGUGCCCCCUCCCCAGUUCCACACAAGCUCUCACAUGAAGAUGCCCAAUACUGCCAAGCAUAAAGUGAAGCACGGCGUUCAUCUGCAGACCCCAGUUGGGAUGGGCCUUGGGGACGUGCAUUCGUCACUGACGUCUCCAAAGGUUUCAGGGCCCAGCAUGCCCAGUGGCCGACUUCACAAAAGGAAACACAAGCAUAAGCACAAACACAAGGACGAGCGGAUAUUGGGGGCUCACGAUGACCUGAGCAGUCUCUUUGCUAGCAAGUCCACCGGCUUCUCCAGCCACUCAGUUAGCGAAAGAUUAAGCGUCUCGGAUAAAGACCUCUCUUUGUUGACCGAGAAGAGCAAGCAUAAAGAGAAACAGAAGCACCAGCAUUGUGAAACGGGGCACAAAAGUUCCAAGAGCAGCUUUGAAGUGGACACCUUGUCUACGUUGUCACUCUCCGACACCCAGCAGUGGGUGCCGAGCAAGGAUAAGAGUGAUUUGGGCAAUGACCCUGUCGACUCGUGCAUGAAGAGGUACUCGGGGAACGCUGAGAGCAGUGCAAGGUCUGAGUCUCUGGACGUGUUUGGCGAGAUCAGUUCGUUGAGCGAAAAGCGGGACAAUGAUGGGAGUGGGAGCAAAAGGAGGAGUUUUGAAGGAUUCGGGACCUACAGGGAGAAGGACCUUCAGACCUUUAGAACGAGUAGGAGAGACAGGAGUUCCUACAGUUCCUCUGCUGCUUCAGGACUUGCCAGUUCCCACCUCAAAGUGGACCAGAUCUCCUUUCAUCAUAAAAACGAGAGUUCGGCUUCCGCCGUGACAACCCGCCGGAAACCGGCGGCUCUCGACGGCGUCACCAUGACCUCGACUCCAGUAUUAUCUCGCAUACCUUCAUCGACAGCGGCAGCCUCUGAAGCAGCCAUCUCACCGUUAAAGAAACGUUUCAAGCGCCGCGAGAUCGAAGCAAUCCAGUGCGAGGUGCGCAAGAUGUGCAACUACACCAAGAUCCUUUCCACGAAAAAGAACUUGGAUCACGUGAACAAAAUCCUGAAAGCCAAGCGGCUACAGAGACAAUCAAAGACGGGCAAUAACUUUGUCAAAAAGAGGAGAGGGCGUCCCCGCAAGCAGCCCCUCUCAUUUGACGAAGACUCCAGAGACCAAAUGCCAGUUUUGGAAAAAUGCGUCGACCUGCCUUGCAAACGAGGUCAACGAUUCACGCUGAACCCUUUAAUAUUGGAACAAGCAGUCAGUCAAGAUACAAUCAUGGCCACCAUUGAAGCUGUCGUACAUAUGGCCCGAGAGACAACGCAGCCUCCCCCUCCACCACCACCCCCUCCACGGACAGCCAGAGUGGGGAAAAGAAAAAACAAAUCACAGCAACAUCCAGAGGACGAGGAUGACGAAGUAAAAGUCAAGAGGCAUCGGAAAACUAGAGGAAGUGAAAGUGAAAGCCUUCCCUAGUUGCAGAUGUGGCUGAUCAUAGGACAGUUCUGGACAGUUAGCACCCCGGGAACACGGCCCGGAGUGCAGAAUUAGGCAGGUCUGUUCAACACCUACCGCAGGAUCAGACUUGCUCUGCAUUUCAGUAGCACAGCAGCCAUGAAGAGUUCAGAUAGGAACAACCAGUAAUAAUAAUAAUUACAAUAAUGAUACAUCUUUGGCAUUAUCCCUUAGGUUGAUUACGGGAGAGGGAGAGGAAGAUUUCUUUCCCCAACUCCCCCCCCCCCCCAAAAAAAAGUAGCGUUCUGCAUUGCAGAGUUUCUGGUGCAAAUCAGCAUUGUGGUUCUCGUGUCUCUGAGGAGAAGGGGGUUCACUCAAAGUCACUAGAGAUUCAUCCGCAGUGGGGACUGAUGGUAUCCCUAUGAGAAUUGUCAAUGUCAUUCUGAACAGAGGACCUUGCCUCUUCCAAUAGAUGUAGUUGCGAGGGAUAAUGGUGCCAGGGCAGCUUCUUCGACUGGUGCAGGGCCACAGUGGGAAAAUUCAUGUUUGUUGGAAGUUGUCCCUAUCACAGUGGUUUUAAAGGCGCAAGAUCCCCUGCAGGUAAAAACAUUGGCAAUCCUCAGAACGGAAAUUGCAUUUGGGACUUUUGCUUUUCGACAACAGUGACAAAAAAAAAAAAAAAGGAGUGUGUAGAUUCCUCAGCUGUUCUCUUGGUUUUAAUCUGCUUUGACAAUGUUUGUCUUUUUUGUUUCUAUAUGGGUGUUUUAGAAAUGUUCACUGGGUUUCAGGCAACUUGAUCCCAAAGGAUCGAACUCGCUAGUUCAGAAUCUGACCAUUUUCCCUUCCUCGCCUCCAUAAUUCGAUGCAAAUAAGAAAAUAGUGAGUGCCGUAGGCAAUAGUACCAGAGUUCUACUUUACCGAGCACUCUUCUAGAAAGCAAUGGAAUAGCUUAGUGUUUCACAGUAAAAGCAAAAAAACAAUAUUAAGCCUUCCGACAUAGUGACUUCGCGUUCCCAUUGGCGAUGUUAGCAAGAGCCUACCAAUGCCUUCAACAGUUUUCGCUGAAAAGACCAAGUCUGUAAGAAAACCUGGGUGCAAAAAUGAUUGCAGGCGUUAGUAGGCUCUUGCUAACAUCGGUAGGCUCUUGCUGGAUCCGAGCAGUGUAGCAAUGCCUUGACUUUAAUUAAUUAAAACAACAGCAAGUAUAGUUAAAAAAAAAAUUAACCCACAUAGAAGAUGAAACCAGAGGGAGAACAAAAUCUUGACAUUUCUUCGCAAGCAUUUAAAUUCAAAUAACGGAAUAAGUGUUCUUAAUCUAAAAUAAUAAUAAUAAUAAUCAAAACGUUCAAAGGGUAUCACCACUGCAGUUGUAUUAAUGCCACUUUGGACAGUUUUUUCCAAGUUGUGGUUGCCUUAAUAAACUGAAAAAUAAUUUUUUUUUGUUCUUUUGUACAUAAUGUAAUUAUAAAAAAAAAAUGAAGGAAAUCAAGUCUGCAUGGACACAAA